AAAUGCGCAGGCAGGUGGAGACACUGCCUGUGUGGGGGCAGGGGGAGGAAAUCGGGCCCCAAGCCGCCCUCCUCGGCCCGAGGUGCAGCCUAACCCCGGGUGCACCUUACCCCCUGUUACAGAAUACUGCCUGCGCCCCGGAGGAGUGGUGGCGCGGUGGCCCAGCAGGAUCCCGGGCGGGCCUGGAGACUGAGGGGCCCGCGCUUCCUGCUGCCGGAGAUCACCUGGGCCGCCCGGGGCCCUGGGGCAGGGGCGGGAGGGCCGCCCCGACGGCGAGCGCCCUGCACUCCUACAGCGUGGCUCCCGCGGCCGCUCCUGGCCUUGGCCCUGGGCCCUGCCGACUGCAGGUGAGACAACCCGCCCGGCGGGUGUAGAACCCGCCAGAAUCCGCCACCCGGAGGAGGGGUCUCCGCCUGCCCUGGUGACCCACUUUCUGUUUGUCGGGGAUGCGGGAGCCAGAGGGACAGCCAGCCGGUGUCCUCAGCCGUGAAUGAGGGGCUCACAUCAUGCAAGAGACCGUAGGGAGCCAUAGGAAUAAAGGCUCAGUGACCGCCAGUUCUGCACUGGAGCUCACCUGCCUCUCUGAGCCCCCAGCGACCGGCUCAAGCCUCCCCUAGGAUGGACACGUGGACGGUACUGCUCAUCCUGCAAGCCUCCCUGGUGCUCCCCGGGGCCGUGGGCACCAGAACCAACACCAGGACUGCCCCCACCCCCAUCCUGCGUUUUGUGGCCGUGGGGGACUGGGGAGGGGUCCCCAAUGCCCCGUUCCACACAGCCCGGGAAAUGGCCAAUGCCAAGGCGAUUGCCACAACUGUGAAGACCCUGGGCGCAGAUUUCAUCCUGUCCCUGGGGGACAAUUUCUACUUCACUGGGGUGCAUGAUGCCAAAGACAAGAGGUUCCAGGAGACCUUUGAGGAUGUGUUUUCUGACCCCUCCCUCCGCAAUGUGCCCUGGCACGUGCUGGCUGGCAACCACGACCAUCUGGGGAACGUCUCGGCACAGAUAGCCUAUUCUAAGAUCUCCAAGCGCUGGAACUUCCCCAGCCCUUACUACCGCCUGCGCUUCAAGAUCCCACGGUCCAAUGUGUCUGUGGCCAUCUUCAUGCUGGACACGGUGACGCUGUGUGGCAACUCGGACGACUUUGUCAGCCAGCAACCCGAGAGACCCCGCAACCUGGCGCUGGCCCGCACACAGCUGGCCUGGAUCAAGAAGCAGCUGGCGGCAGCCAAGGAGGACUAUGUGCUGGUGGCCGGCCACUAUCCUGUGUGGUCCAUCGCCGAGCAUGGACCCACCCACUGCCUAGUCAAGCAGUUGCUGCCACUGCUGACCACACACAAGGUCACUGCCUACCUGUGCGGCCAUGACCACAACCUGCAGUACCUUCAGGAUGAGAAUGGCUUGGGCUUUGUGCUGAGCGGGGCCGGGAACUUCAUGGACCCCUCCAAGAAGCACCUGCGCAAGGUCCCCAACGGCUACCUGCGCUUCCACUUUGGGGCUGAGAACUCACUAGGUGGCUUCGCCUACGUGGAGAUCACCCCCAAAGAGAUGAGCGUCACUUACAUUGAAGCCUCGGGCAAGUCUCUCUUCAAGACCAAGUUGCCAAGGCGAGCCAGGUCUGAGCACCAGCACCGACGGGCCUGAGAAGUGCCUCCCUGCUGGCGGGUGGGUGGGUGGGCCCCACUGGGGGCCAUCCCCCCCAGCCCUUAAGCAGGCUUUCCUGGGUACCUGUGGUGCUACGGCAGAGCGGGAAGGAGAUGGACAGAUGAGGAAAUGUGAUGCCAAGUGGCCCUUGUGACAAGGAUGCCCACAGAGGUGAAAGAAGCAUGGACACAUGUACCGGCCAGAGUGCCAGGCCCCAUGGCCGGGCUCGCCCAGCCUGACUUCUGGGCAAUGGGGGGUGAGGAAGGAAAGCUCUCUCCUGGGUCAGGCAUCCUUCUGUCACUGCCAAAUAGUUAAUAAAAAAAAAAAAAAUAGUUGCAAAGGCUGAA